GGUGACUUGUUGGUGUUCCUGUUAGUCUGCCAGGUCGUCGUCCGUCGUGUUCUCUACGCACAUCCUCCGCCCUAGGCAAACAUCUGCUCGAUAUGUCGGCAGAAUACAAGUACGAUGAGCAAGGAGCUUUCUUUCCCGUCUUUCUGCUCGUUUUUGUGCUGGCUUAUGCCAUUCCAGCGACCUUAAAGGAGUGUUUUGGACGUAAAAAAAAAGAUGCAUUUACUAGCUGUGAAGACAAACUGAAGCAUUUGCGUCCCAAAAACGGCUUAGACAAGCAGUGCAAAAGAAUUCCGAAAAGAUAUUUUGCCAUUGUCCUUGCUUGGAUCCUUGCUAUCUACCUCGUUUAUGUCAUUGUACAAACCCGUUCCAAUUCUGCUCUGUAUGAUCCCUAUGAAAUUCUUGGUCUUCCUAAAAGUUCGACACUGGACGAGAUUCGUCGUCAUUACAAGCGUUUAUCGAUCAAGUUCCAUCCUGAUAAGGUCCGUAAUCUGGUGAACACAACACGAGAGGAGGUGGAGUUACACUACAUUGAAAUCACAAAAGCCUACAAGGCAUUGACGGACGACGAAAUUCGUGAAAACUAUAUUAAGUAUGGUAAUCCUGAUGGUGCCCAGGAUCUUUCUAUUGGUAUUGCUCUGCCCAAAUGGGUCGUAGAGUCGAAAAACAGCAUUUACGUUCUCGGGUUUUAUGGUACUCUUUUUGGUCUUUUACUUCCUUACAGCGUUGGAAAAUGGUGGUACAAGACACGUAACUUUACUCGAGAGAGUAUCCGUGUCGGUUCCGUUCACCGUUGGUUUAAAAACUUUGAUGAAGAUGCUACGGCAGACGACUUGUUGAAAGCGUUUGCAUCCAGUGACGAGUUCCGCCAUGACAGCAAGGAGUCUGUCGACGAGUCUAGCAAGCGUGUAAUUCGUUUGCUUGAGGAGCGUUUCCAACGUAAACCCUCAUCCAAUGAGCACGAGUUGGAACAAGUUUUACGCCAAUCUGGUAACGUUUUAAGUGGUCUUUUGAAUUUGGUUUCGGCAUUCGGUUUUGCGAAGCCUUUAAAAAAUGCCAUGCAGCUGACACAGUGCAUGGUCCAAGCACUUCCUCUGGAUUCCACCUUGUACACUUUGCAAUUGCCUCAUUUGAAGCAAGAAGAUGCAUACAAAUUGGCCCUUCACGGUGUCAAACACAUUUCCCAAUUUUGUGACUUAACUCCCAAUGAGCUUUCUACGCUGCUGCCCAAAUACACGAAGCAGCAACGUGAAGAAAUGUCCUUGGUCGCCGGCGCCAUCCCUCGUCUUUGCGUUACGGAUGCAAAGGUGGUCGUCGAUGGGGACGAGUUCGUUACGUCCAGCGCGAUUGCUACUAUGAUUCUGCGUGUGAAGUGUUGCUAUAACAAAGAAAAGGUGAAAACGGUGAAUGUUUCCGGUGAGGAGAAAUGCACGGAGGAAGAUGAAAAGCUGUUUUCUCAAAACAAGGAGACUGCUGUCGGCGAUAAGGAAUGCUUGCCUGCAGCUUGGGCUCCGUACUUUUCUCAACGAUUCAAGCCUGUUUGGUGGGUCUAUGUAGAGGACCCCCGUCAAGGACGAGUCGUCGUUCCUCCGGUUGCAUUAACAGACAUUCCCAAAACCUCUCGCACAGUGACUAUUCCCUUCCAAGCGCCGCCCACUCCCGGUACAUAUCACUUCCGUGGCCAUGUUGUGUCAAAUGCUUUCUGUGGAGAGGACGUCUUGUUGAACAUUACCGUAGAAGUGAAAGAUCCAGCCGAACUGGUCAGCGAUGUUCCUGAAAAGUCAGCAAAGGGCAUGGAUGAAGACAGUGCCUAUGAUGUUGACACCGAGGAUGAUAACUCGAGUGAUGAAGAAGACAUGGACGACAGUUUAUCAGACAUGUUUGACACGGAUACGAGUGUCAGCGAUUUGGAAGAUGAGGAUGAAGACGGAGAAGAAGACGAACACAAGAAAAAUCAAGCUGUUGAUGAGGAGAAAAGCACUACCAAGUAACAUUAUUCACUAUCCUUAAAACAGUUUUAGGUUCAUUUCCUGCAUGACCUACACGCUCAUUUUAAAACGAUUUUACUUUGACAUGCUUACAAACGCUGCUGUGUACUCCAUCCGCAGUUUUACAUUCAUUCACCCUCCUAGUCCCCUCUUAAUAAGAAAUGACAUUUGUAACGAAAAGAAAUAUUCAAGUGUUUUGGGAUUCCAAUUCUUAAAAAAGGAUUCCCAGGCAGCUUGUUAGAGAAAUGGUUCAAAUGAUCUUAUUACUGCAGCUUUUUUAUCCAGAUUCGUAUUUUCAUUCCUUAUGCCGGCUGUUUGGUGGCAGUAGUUAACAUAGUUCCUGUUUGUUUAGUGAAAACGAGAACAUAAAACACUUCUUGGU